CCUCCAUAACACUCCUUUCAUCCAUCCUUACUCUCAUAUCCCAAAGCUAAAAUAACACCGUGAGGUAAGCCCCCGAGGAAUCCCGAGAUGGUUUUUAUAUCGGCUGCCCCUUCUCUGCUGAGGAGAGACCGAGUGGAGCGUGGAGGCAUCCCAGCUCCAGUACGGGAUUAACCAUCCGGCCACGCAGACCAGCUCCAACACUCGACAUACAGGCCGGCCAGAAACAUAGAGGAAGAUGAUGAUGGUGAUGCAGCCAGGCCUGGAUGACAUAACCAAGCAGAAGAUGUUGCAGGCUCGGGCUCUGUGUAAGGAGGUCAGGGGAGAGGGCGUGAACAUCGGGAAGAAGAGCAGCGUUCCGAACGAUGUGAUGAUGGAGGAGCUCAACCUUCUGUCUAAUCGAGGCUCCCGCAUGUUUCAGGAGAGACAGAAGAGGGUCGAGAGGUUCACCCUGGAGAAGCUCGCUAAUGAUGCCAACAACACCACCGCGGUCCAACCUGAGGCCGUUCCUCCCCCCCCACACACCUUCGCUGAGACACAGGGAGGAAAAGAGAACCGGGCGUUCUCCAUCCCGGGUCGGCACAGCCUGGUGAUGAACCUCCAGAAGACUGUCGCGAAGAAGGGCAGCCCAGACGUCCUCGCUCCAGGAUAUUCUGGACCCCUGAAGGAAAUUCCUCAUGAAAGGUUCAACGCGACAAUCAUCCCCAAAUCCUACAGCUCCCCGUGGAGCAGAGCUCUGGGAGACGACACGGAGCUCCCGGGAGCCCUCAACAGCCAUUUGCCUCAGAUCCCACCAACACAACAGCCUCCCAGCCGCUGCUUCAACAGAUCUGCCAUGCCAUUCGCUGGCGCUAUGGCCAGCGAGAGGGUGAUCCCAGUGAUCGGCUUUGUGGCGAUGGAAUCCCAGAACUUGCCCAGCAUCGCUCUGGACCGCAUGUGUCGACGGCCCAACUUCAACAGAGCACCCAGGGGGUGGGGUAUCGAUUACAACCCUGAAUCUAAUGAACUAUGAAAAGGGGCUGAUCCACUGACCAGCGCUCUCGUCCUACAAAGAUGAUCCCUCUGCUAAUCAGUGGGCACUGCCGGAGAGAGAUAAACACUCCUGCAUGAUAUUUAAAGUGCUUUGCUACUGCCGAGAGCUUCGGCCAGAUGAGCUAAACUCUGAAGACCACAGAGUCCAACACAUGCUGUCAGGGGCUGAAGAGCUCGGUUUCCUUUUGUUAUCCUUAGCGGUGCCUGAUCCUGUCAGCCUUCUAUUCCAACUCACAGUCUUCAUCUGAUAAGUUUCACACUGACGUUACAUGUUUUUUCCACAUUUGUCUCCCAUUAUGUGUGAAUAAUAGGAUAAUUUCUCCUUUGAAAUAGUUAAACACAAAUGAUGAAAUUAUGUAUUCUGCGAGGACCAUUGACAAAAGUGCGUCAUUUUAAUGACAAGUGAAAAGAACAUUCAAAGAAAGCCUUACAAUAAACAAAAUUAUUAUAGGAUGACAAGAUUGGGUCAAAUAAAAAAGUAAUUGAAAAUUAACAACUAAAAAAAUGCUGCUCAGGAUUUGUAUCCAUGUUGCACAAUGUGACAAAUACAAGUUUAACUGACAGUAUGCAUUUCUAUAUGUACAAUGCUCCAGCCACAGGAGCCUUUAAAAACUAUAUGGCUCUGAUCACAUUGGCCAGUACUCACGUCUGCCGAUGCCACUCUGGUACAUUUUAAUUGACUGGUGACAAAGUAAUCUUGUGAUAUUUUUAAUUGUCGUCUCUCUAGACACUUAAGCUGGUUCAUUUCAUUUACUGCAGUUGGCAUAAUAAAGCAUUGUUAUCCAGUAAGA